CACUCGCCGUAGCGGCGCGGGGCGGUGCGCGGGCAGGGUAAGAUGGCGGCGGCGGGCGCGGCAGACGCUCAGGCGCGCUUCGGUCACUCGGUGAAGGGGCUGCUGACCGAGAAGGUGACCAGCUGCGGCACCGACGUGAUCGCCCUCACCAAGCAGGUGCUGAAGGGCUCCCGCAGCGCCGAGCUCCUGGGUCAAGCUGCUAAAAACAUGGUGAUGCAAGAAGAUGCCAUCCUGCACUCGGAAGAUAGUUUAAGGAAAAUGGCCAUAAUAACGACUCAUCUACAGUACCAGCAAGAAGCAAUUCAGAAGAACGUCGAGCAGUCAUCAAACCUGCAGGACCAGCUGAGCCACUUGCUGAAAUGAAGCGUAGAGAAGGCAUGAGGACAUCUCAACUGGCACUAAGGACAGUGAAGCGUCCUUUCCCCUCCAGACCUGGGGGUUCAGGCCUGUGUUUGGAUGAUGCUGGAUGUCAGCUGGGAGAUGUGCAGAAUCUUUCUUUCUGGGCACAUGGGCCCCUCUUGUGUGUCUCCAUCCACGUCUCUGCUCCAGAGCACUCACCUGCUAACCAGAGCAAACUGAAACAAACUCACCUGAAACUUUCCCCCCCCAGCAAUUCUUGGGUCUGCUUACAUCCCAUGUAGCAUGAGGUGCUCAGCCCACACCAGCAUCCCUGGCAAGAAAUGCAUGAAACUGAGUGUGGGUUUUAAAUACAGGUGCCAGCAGUUUGACACUGAUCUGGAUUUAGACACA